GGGGGGCCCAUGCGAGCCCAAUCAGCGGUUCAGUGCUGCCUGCCGGUGCCUGGUGGUUAGAAUCCGCUGCAGCGCGACAGUAGGACCGGACCGUGAACCCGGAGACGGUACACACUGAGGAGAAAGAAAAUACAGAAUGGAGCGGAUGUCUGAGGAGGCGCUUAGACUAAACCUGUUAAAGCGAGGACUAGAAUCGCCCAGCGAGCGCGACGAGGCGCUGGCCAAGCGCUUGAAAAUGGACGGUCAUGAGGCCAUGGAGCGCCUCAAGAUGCUGGCACUGCUCAAACGCAAAGACUUGGCGGACCUGGCGGCCCUGGAGGUCCCGGUGACUCUGGGAGACGGGAACGGCUCUGUCGCCAGCACCAUCCACCACCAGAGCCUGAUGAGCGCCGUGUACGAGGAGAAGCUCAAUGGCAGCCUGCGGUUCGGAGGCCACAGCGCUCAUGUGGGAUCCAGUAAAACCGGGAAGGAGAACAUUCUGGACGAGCCGGUGGACAUGAGUGCCGGGAGGAGAUGCGAGGCGGAUGCAGAAAGACAAACUCCAUCUCCAGACGUCAUCGUCCUCUCCGACAACGAAGCGUCCAGUCCUAGAACCACACCGAGGCCCGAUGAGCGUGCACACCACACCAACCUGGACAUUUUCAAGGGGAAGACGGGAGAGGAGAGGCAGCAGAUGAUCAAAGCUCUGAGGGAGGAGCUGCGUCUGGAGGAGGCCCGCCUCGUGCUCCUCAAGAAGCUCAGGCAGAGCCAGAUGCAAAAGGAGAAUGUGGUGCAGAAGGUGUCAGUGGUACAGAGCUCCACCUCAUCAGUCCAGCCUCCUCCUAUCAACAGCUCCACCAGUUUGGGGAAACUGCCUGUAAGGCCAGGCCUCCACAACCCCGAGCCCCAGAACCUCCGUACUGCACAGGGUCAUACAGUCAUCCGGUCAGCAAAUACCAGCCUGCCUUCCAUGCUGAUGUCCCAGCGAGUGAUCGCCCCCAACCCCUCUCACCUGCAGGGACAAAGAGUUUCCUCCAAACUAGGCAUGUCCCGUUCUGGUUCCGGCACCAUGCCCAGCGCCGUCAGUUACCAGCAGGCCAGCCAGCAGGUGGCAGCCUCGCAGCACUCUGGCUCCAGUGCCAUGUACAUGAACCUGGCCCACAUGCAGGCGGCAGCAGCAGGGGGCAGCGUGACGGGAGGCCUGGGCGGAGCUUCUGCCGUCAGCCCGUCCACCCUGUCCGCCGCCGCUGGCGCGGGGGUGGGCUCCAUGGCCGACCAGGCCAGCAGCCAGGCAGCAGCCAAGCUGGCCCUCAGGAAGCAGCUGGAGAAGACCUUGCUGGAGAUCCCUCCCCCCAAACCUCCGGCGCCGCUCCUCCACUUCCUGCCCUCUGCUGCCAACAGCGAGUUCAUCUACAUGGUGGGCCUGGAGGAGGUGGUGCAGAGCGUGCUGGACAGUCAGGGUAAACUCCGAGGCGCGCUGGCUCGUAUGGAGCCCUUCUUCUGCGCCCAAUGCCGAACUGACUUCACUCCCCACUGGAAGCAAGAGAAGAGCGGGCGAAUCCUCUGCGAGCAGUGCAUGACAUCCAACCAGAAGAAGGCUUUGAAGGCAGAGCACACCAACCGGCUGAAGAACGCCUUUGUGAAGGCCCUGCAGCAGGAGCAGGAAAUCGAACAGAGACUUCAGCAGCAAACGGCCCUUUCUCCGAGCACCGCGUCCGCUGGUUCUAACGUCUCUAAGGCGGACACCAUGAUCCGACAGCACGCCCUCCGACAGGCUCCUCAGCCUCAAGCCUCCCUCCAGCGAGGUCUGUCAAACUCUGCAAGAGGCGUCCUGUCCAACUUCGCCCAGGCCUCCCAGCUGUCAGUGGCCAGCAGCCUCAUGGGAAUGACUGGUGGCAAGCACUGUGGCAGCACCGGCGGCAGCAGCAGACUGUUGCACGACAGCCGCCGCCAGAUCUACAACAUCCCAGGGUUAAAUAUUGCCUACCUGAAUCCUGCCGCCGUGGGAGCCCAUAAGACAUCCAGCUUAGCAGACCGACAGAGGGAGUACCUGUUGGACAUGAUCCCGCCUCGGUCCAUAUCGCAGUCCAUCAGCGGACAGAAAUGAGCUCAGCGCCCCACCACCCCCACCCUACCUUGACCCCCCCCGGGCUCUGCAGUUUACCCACGUGCCGUGUUCGGAAGCGUUCCCAGAUCACCCGUUGUUUCCAUUUCACCACUCCCCCAUCGCAUGCAGUGCCUGUCCUUGUGCCUACUCUCAGCUGACCCAUCAGAACCUGCCCAGUUGGACACCUAUCAAAGCAUCUUACUCGUUCUUCGAUCUUAUUAUGUACUUUUCUUCGGUUGUCACUGGUGGUGGCACUCCCCCCUCCCCUCCCCUCCCCGAACCCUGCGGCGGCCAUGUUUGCUCCAGUCGGCGUGACCCAUUUCUUUCCUGUGUUGGCUUCACCUCUCUGCGUCUGACUUCGCUGUGUCGAUCUUUUACUUUUUUUCUCAGCUCCAAAUUUAGACUAAUGCCCACACACGCACACACACACACACUUAAAAAAAAUUAACAGGGUGCACUCUGGUUGCUAUGCAACAUGACGUUUAAGACCUCUGCGGUUUUAAAAAGUUUGACACUAGCUGUUGAGGUGGAGGACGCUGACCAGAACAACGGUGUGUUCAGAGGACGCCACGUGUCCCACAGCUCUUCAUCAGCAGCUUUUUUUUUUUUUUUUUUGUAUCACGUCACCUUCAGUUACCGAGGCUGCAGCCGGGAUGAACGUGGAUCUGGAUACAGAUGUUGUCAGCUCUUCAAUGCCUCCUUUGUUUUUUGAUUUGGCCCAAGGUCCGACACUUUUUUUUCCAUUUUUUUUAUUGUUUAAAAAUGCCGUCUCUGACUGAACUUGGCGGCGUACCUGAGAGGUUUCCCGCCGCUGGAGACGAUAAUAAUCAACAGAAGGAAACUGCUGAGAUUCUGGUUCCGAGAACGAAGGAUAAUGUUUGGGAGAGACGCGGAUCAAUCAUUGUGUGCACACGUCUGCACACAAGUUGCCUCACUCCAGAGGAGCACUUUUCAUGUUUCCAAUGGGAAAUUUUUUUGUUACAGAGAAGAAGAAAUGAAUGUUAAAGCUGAAAGUGAGUGAGGCCAGAUGAAUAUUGUAAAAGGCAAAGAGGCUGAAUUUGUUUUUAUUUUACAUGAAUGAUUUCAUGCUGGUUUUAUGAGUGUGGGUUGGAGUGACUGUCGGGUUUAAAUGUGGCAGCUGGACGGGAGAACGUCAAAGCAGGGUGAGCCGUCAAGCUGGGGGGAUCGUGUCAUUUCAAUUUUUCUUUCCUAGUGUUUGGUGUGGGUUGAAGUUUCGUGUCAAAACACAAAGCAGACUCGCCGCUCCUUUCUGACAGUUUAGACCAAGCAGCGUGGCUACCUUCCCCUGUUUUUCACUCAUUCUUUGUCCGAUUUGGUUUGGAAAAGCUGCAGAACACAAGAGACUCCUCCCUCUAGCACUUACAACCCCUGCCCUCCUCCAGAUCAGAGAAACGAGCGUAGGAGUGGGCUGAUAAUGUGAACGAUGUGACCAAACAGUUGCCAAAGAAAAGUUGUCAGCAACAAUCAGACAGUUUCAGCUGCGUUUCUCGCCUCUCGCUCCUGAAAACAGGGUAGCAUCAGAAAUCUGGAGCAGACCAGAUUAAGAGUCACGCUCCAUCGCCAAGUCUCUGCAUUCGCGUGGAAGAGGUUUACACUUUUAGGCUAGAUGAGUCCCGACUCGUGCUUCAGAACCAGAAACACCCAUCUUCACCUAGUCUUUUGUAAAAACUGAUGACUCUUCCUUUUUUAUUUUAUUUUCUGUCCCCAUCAGCAUGUCAUCACUACAAGGAAAAUGAAGUCAAUUCACGAUGCUCGUGACUUGUUCUAUAAAACAGAAAAAAAAAGAUGAAAAGUUUCAAAUCAUUUUCUUAGAUUUAAACAUCUCCCAGCAUUGAGUCUUAACUAGUUUAAGCUACAUUCCUGACCAACACUUCUCCAUUUUUAAAAAUCCUUUUCCUCUCUGGUUCUGAAGCAACGUGAUGUGUUAAUGGGUUUUAAAGCAGCAGAGGCUGAAUGUGAUGCAAUAAACAACUCCUUUUUGCUUUAGCGUGCAGUUAGCAGCUCUUUAUUCCUCUGCUCUUUAUCAAAAGUUCGUCCACAGGACAGUAUAUCACGUAGUUUCUUCACACGUGUGGUAUCCGAGGUUUCCAUGUCCUCAGAGGAACUCUUGUUCUGCAAAACAUCGAUUCUCAGUUUGACACUUUUUUUUUUUUAAGCUGCAUUACCUCUCAUUAACAGAAAAUUUCAAAUGUCUGCAUUUGUUUGCCACGGCCCCUACCGAGAGGCUAAUCUGCAGUCAGUCCUCCUGUCCACAGGGGGGAGCUGUGGUGGAGGGCUGCCCCCUGUGCACAUCCGUCAGCCCCGAAAGCAGCAGCGUUUUGUUGAAUGGGUCAUGAAAGCGGUGUAAGUUUAUUUCAGCGAUGCAGUAUUCCGGGUAAAUUUGACUCCCUAGCGCCACAAUCGAAGCCUGCUGGUCGCACACGUGCACGGCAGGGUUGCAUGGGAAGAGGACGCUCCUGUCUGUCAGCUGUCUGCAGAUUUCACCCACACACAGCAGUUUUUAAAACCAAGAUCCUUUUUCAAGUUUUUAGAUCUCAGACGUCACUUUUAUUCCGAUGGCUCAGUUCAGUUCUUUCUGUUUCUGUUAAACAACUAAAUGUUUAAACUAUGAAAUAAAUGACACGAUAUUUGCUAGGUUUGAAGUAAUAAUGACUUAUUGUACAGAAGCAUUCUCUUUUUUUUUCCUCCUGUAUCCUGAAAACAAAAAAAAGAACUUAAAUGGUUGUACAUUGUGUAGAAAAGCAAACAAAAAGCCAUGAAUAUUGUGAAGCUUGUCAUUUUGUUUUGUGAUCACUGUGUAUUACUGUGUAACAAAUGUGCAAAAUGUUUGGGGACUAUCCCCGCCCCCUUUUUUCCUGGUCCUGCUCAGUGCAUUUGCUUCAUUUUGGACUGAAGUUUGCAGGACAAUGAUCACUGAGGACGUUUUCACGGCGGCUUAAUCCGAGGAUCAUCCUGGACUGACACGGCAUUUCUCCAAUGUUUGUGUGUCUUCAUCCAUCAAUAACUAAUAAAUGGACAGAGAUUUUUAAAAAAAUAUAUAUCAGGAAUUUUAAAUGAACUCAUUUUAAUUUUCUUUGUCCUCACAAAGAGCAUAGAUGUUUCUUUUUUUCCAGUGUUUCUUCAGCGACAAGCUUUGUCCAGUCAGUAAAAGAGAGGAAUCAGUGAUCAGUGUCCCUGCUGACACCAGCAUACCACAGUAGUUGCUCCUGUACCGUCCAGCUUUAUCUUCUUUUAAUUGUUGCUGCUGAUGCAGGGAAAUAAUUAAGUGCAAACCCAGGCUUUUCAAAUUCUUCAACGUGUUGAAAACAAAAGAUCUGAGAAAAAUUGAAUCAAGCAGAGCUUAAUUUUUUUGCUUACAUCAGUCCUGACCUUUUGCACAUACUUGAUAUUAAAGUAUCUUCAAAAGUUAAAAAAAAGUUAUAAGAAAAAUAAUGCUGUUUGAAUACUGCCAGUUGAUUGACAAUUAUGCAUUGAUUAAAAAAAAUAAGCUAAUUUUCAAGGAAAUAUCUUUGUAAUAUUUAUCUCUUGCAAGCUAUGUUUAAUAAAGGUUGAAACAAUUUGCUUCAAA